CUGGAUGCCCAGGUAUGACACUGACACAGAUAUUUUAAGCAAUCUUUUAAAAAUUCUCCUUAAGGUAGAAAGAAGGAAGGAACAUAUGGGUACUAGGUACCUGGAGAGACACCCAGGAGAAGGAACAGGGAAGCUGAGACUGGCAAAGACAAGCAUCUUGUCCUCCAAUCGUUCACGGGGUAGACCUGGUCAGCGACACACACCCCUGUCCACACUAACUUCUCUGCCUCAAGGAUCAGGAGACUCUGCUUUACAAGGUAAGAGAAUCCCGGAAUUUCAGCUUUAGUGCAAAUUGGAUGGGGGGGGUGGGGGGAAGGAUAAAGGUUUUUGGUAAUCAUUAUUUAUAAAGUAGAUGAUUCUCCAUAUUUGGAACCUCCCUCCCUUCAUCACCUGUGAACCUCAAUUUAUAACCCCAGGGCACACUUGAGUCCCUCUAGGCUAUUUUUGGCUAAACCCCAAACACUUGAGGCUGGCACUGUAAAAGCUUUUCUCCAAGUGCCCCAUUUGGUCUUCCUCUCUCAGAAAUCUAGAGUCAUAACCUACCUGAUCAAGAACCAUAUUCCUUAUACCAUGGGUAGUUUGAUGAUUAACUGGCUUAAUGAGGCAUCUACUUUCCUAUAGAUUUUUACUAUCAAUAGCUGCUCUAUAGCCAGUUGCUUCUUAAUGACUGUCCUAUGAUCCUAGCUAGUCCUUUCACUGUGGACUACUGCCUACCCAGUGGCUGCGAGCGGAGGGACCCUGCAGUCCUGGGGAUCUGGAGCUGCCACUAGGGGGCUCUAGCUUACGGAGAGAACUGGACCCAGGCGUCGCCUGGGAAAAGCUGCGCAGUGGAGGCACAGACUUCUCCCGAGUUCUUCCUUGGGGUAGGUGAGUUUUGGAGGUUCCAGGAAUCUUCGCUCCAACGCAAAAGACCUUAACAGCCAGCCUCUCCUGGGAACCCACUCCCUCCACCUCCUGAUCACGGGGUACGAGGCUGCGCUUGCUGCUGGGGACUAGGCAAAUCCAAAGCCUUUUUACUUUCACCGCUAGGUUUGUUAGAGUCAGACUUACGUAUUUAAUGACACCGAAGCCUUAGUCCUCUUAGACCUACGUGGGUCUGGGUCUAGGGACGUGAUCCUCAAAGUGUGGUCCAGUAGCCCGGAGCAUCAGUUUCAGCUUCACCCCAGGACCGAGUUGGAAAUGCACAUUCUCAGGCCCCGCCCCAGCCCUCCUAAAUCCACCGCGGGACGAGGGGCUUCAGCUGUGCCUUGCUACCCUUGCAGUAGGAUGGCCGUGAAGUGCUCGAGCCUGACAGCGCCUCCUAGGGCUUGCCCUUCACCCAGACGAGUGUGGAUCUCCGGGUGCUCCGAGAUUGCCCGUCGCUGGGUCUGUGGUCACGUGUGCCCUCGGAUUUCUCUCUAGGUCCCUCCUGGGUCUUUAAAAGGCAGAAGAAGCUCCUCGUUGAGUCGUCUGUGAUCUUUGCAGUGUCUAACGGCUGCUGGACCUUCUAACACUCCGUCGCCUCUGCUGCUAAGCCGCUUGAUAAGCUGAGGCUGCGAGAACCUCCUCUGGAAACUUGCAGGGUGGAGAGGAGGUGGCGGGAACCGGACCAGAGCGGGAUCAUCCUGGGCUGCGAGUGCAUGCAGUGCUGCGGUCAUUGUGCCCACCAUGAGUCUCUGAGAACAUUAUAAUGUCCCUUUGUGCCUCUUCUCACAAAGAGUUUGUUCUCACCUGUUACCUAUUCAAGACAUGGAUAUCAAAAACUCACCAUCAAGCCUUAACUCUCCUGCCUCCUACAACUGCAGUCAAUCUGUCCUACCCCUGGAGCAUGGCGCCAUAUACAUACCUUCCUCCUAUGUAGAGAGCCGCCGUGAAUAUUCAGCCAUGACUUUCUAUAGCCCUGCUGUGAUGAAUUACAGUAUUCCCAGCAGUGCCAAUAACUUGGAAGGUGGACCUGGUCAACAGACUACAAGCCCAAAUGUGUUGUGGCCAACUCCUGGACACCUCUCUCCUUUGGCAAUCCAUUGCCAGUCAUCACUUCUGUAUGCGGAACCUCAAAAAAGUCCUUGGUGUGAAGCAAGAUCAUUAGAACAUACCUUACCUGUCAGCAGAGAGACACUGAAAAGGAAGGUUAAUGGGAGCAGUUGUACCAGCCCUGUUACUAGUCCAGGUUCAAGGAGGGAUGCUCACUUCUGUGCAGUCUGCAGUGAUUUCGCAUCUGGAUAUCACUAUGGAGUCUGGUCAUGUGAAGGGUGUAAGGCCUUUUUCAAAAGAAGCAUUCAAGGGCAUAAUGAUUAUAUUUGUCCAGCUACCAAUCAGUGUACAAUAGAUAAGAACCGGCGCAAAAGCUGCCAGGCUUGCCGACUUCGAAAGUGCUAUGAGGUUGGAAUGGUGAAGUGUGGCUCCCGGAGAGAAAGAUAUGGGUACCGCGUGGUCCGAAGGCAGAGAAAUUCUGAUGAACAGCUGCACUGCCUGAACAAAGCCAAGAAAAACGGUGGGCCUGCGAGCCGAGUGAAGGAGCUGCUGCUGAGCGCCCUGAGCCCCGAGCAGCUGGUGCUCACACUGCUGGAGGCGGAGCCACCGCACGUGCUCGUGAGCCGCCCCAGCGCGCCCUUCACGGAGGCCACCAUGAUGUUGUCUCUGACCAAGCUGGCCGACAAGGAGCUGGUGCACAUGAUCGGCUGGGCCAAGAAAAUUCCAGGCUUUGUGGAGCUCAGUCUGUAUGACCAAGUGCGGCUCCUGGAGAGCUGCUGGCUGGAGGUCCUGAUGUUGGGGCUGAUGUGGCGCUCGAUCGACCACCCAGGCAAGCUCAUCUUUGCUCCAGACCUCGUUCUGGACAGGGACGAGGGGAAAUGCGUAGAAGGAAUUCUGGAAAUCUUUGACAUGCUCCUGGCAACGACAUCAAGGUUUCGUGAGUUAAAACUCCAACACAAAGAGUAUCUCUGUGUCAAGGCCAUGAUCCUCCUCAACUCCAGUAUGUACCCCUUUGCUGCAGCAACCCAGGGGGCCGAGAGCAGCCAGAAGCUGACUCACUUGCUGAACGCUGUGACCGAUGCCCUGGUCUGGGUGAUUGCCAAGAGUGGCAUUUCCUCCCAGCAGCAGUCCAUUCGCCUGGCUAACCUCCUGAUGCUCCUUUCUCAUGUCAGGCAUGCCAGUAACAAGGGUAUGGAACACCUGCUCAGCAUGAAGUGCAAAAAUGUGGUCCCAGUCUACGACCUGCUGCUGGAGAUGCUGAAUGCCCACACACUUCGAGGGUACAAGCCCUCUGGUGCAGGUUCCGAGUGCAGCCCAGCACAGGAGAGUAGAGGCAGAGAGGGCUUCCAGAAGUCCCAGUCUCAGUGAUGCCCAGCCCUGAGGUGGACAGGCCACAGAGGAAGCCAGAGGCUGAAGCGUGAACUCCAGCAUGAACUGUGAGCCCCAUUGAGGGUGGGUGGACGUCAUUACUGUGUUCCUGCUGUGGGGACCCUUGUUUGGUACAGCUGGCUCUGUCACAUACCAUCCGUCCCCCAACCUCCUCACUUCCCAGGAGUCUGAGAAUGCCAGUUUUCCUUGUUAACAGGGGGAACACUUGAAUGUAGCAUUUGUCUUCAUUGAGUUUGGCCUCAUAGGAUCUCAGUGUGGUCCCCUUCUUACUUUCCAUCUUCCUAUCACCCCUUUGGAAAACAUCUUAAAGGUUUUGGAACAAAUGGUGAAAAUCUGACUUGGGAAUAUUGUGAAGUAGAAAGGGAAGAAGAGAACGCAGACAUCUAUGGGGAAUGGGAUAGCCUCUACCCCAACCUGCCCUUAGAAUGAAUGAGCUUUGUUAUGCUCUCUUCUGGACCACUUGACUGUACCAUCAAAAACCACAAUGACAAUCAGCAAACUAAUCUUACAUACUUACCUCACAGUCUUGUGAGGACUGUCACCUAUUGCUAUUACUCUGUCAAAGGCUGGAGGGAUUGUGACCUAGGGAGCCAGUGGUCAAGCUGGGAUGCGAGCCAUGUUCUCCCCCCUCCCUCCGACUCUGCUGCCAUUUGCACACAGGUGCAAUUCACAGAGCCUAGGAAUUGUUUGUGUGUGUGUACGCAUGUGUGUGACAACUUUCAUGGAAGAUGGUGGAGAUUUCAGUCUCCAUGCCCCUGGAAUUGACCUUCUUUGAAACUCUCCCCGUGGGGCCUGGUGUGUGCUAGAGAAAGGCCCAGCUGACUUGGCCAUCCAGAGGAGACAGGGACAUGUCAGGCUGUGUGUGCAAGGCACGAACUUCUGUGGAAGGGUGAAUGGCUAUACACAUACCAGUGUGGCAGGUUCAGGGCCAAACUGUAGACUUGAUGAGCAUAUCACUUGAACCAGACUUGGUUUGCUAACUCUACUUAAAGAAGAGAAAUAUUUAGGGGUAUUCAGAGCAAGAAAGAAAUCUUUUAUACAUGAGUACUCUUUUAAACUAUUUUCUUAUCAGAACAUUUAUAUGAUGAGCUGGGUGAUACAGAAACUUACUAAAAUAUUUUUACUUCAGGUGGAAAACAAAUAGGACAGGUUGAUAAAAACACCCCUGAAAUUACAAUUUUAACUUGCUUUUUAAGAAUUUAAAUUUUUGCACAAAUUUUCUGGAACAUAGUAAAAUGAGUUACAUCUAUACUUUGGAAGUGAGUAGUUAAAUAAUAAUGGAUUUUUGUGAUGUUUUAAAAACUGCCUUGUGAUAGGAGAUUAAGCACAUUUUCUUUUUGAAAAUAGGUUUUCUUUGGCUAACACAUUCUGUACUCACUGAGUCACUUGAAGAUUAAAUUCAACAUUAUAAAGCUUGGUUUCUGCUAGUGAGACCUUGAGUAAUUCUUAACUUUGAUAUUGGUGCAAUUUUACUAAAAGUUGAAUGAAGCUGUCUCAGAAACACUUGGACACAUACCUAGAGAACAUGCUGGCAUAUCUGUAUUUGAGGCUUGAAAUUAUUUUCAGUGACUCAGUGUUGUAGCCUGAUGAGAUUCAAUACAGAAAACAUGAGGUUGAUUGUAUAGGAACCAGGGAACUAUGGAACUAGUGUUACCCAGGUCAAUUAGGUUCUUUCCGGCCAGCUAAGAAUCCCCCACAACAAAUAGAGGGGAUGGAGGCUAGAGAAUGGGAAGAGGGUGGCAGAAAAAGGCAGCCUUGAACAAUUAUUUGCUGAUGAAAUUCUAAUUGUAUUUAUGAGACUACUGGGUUUAAAAAAACAAAACGAAAAACAGCAAAAAGAAGAAUGAGGUCCAAGUCACUGCCAGAUUAGUAUACAACGGAGGGAAGGUUUUUAGGUUGGAAUUUGACGCCCAAGCGGGACUCAGGUGCCCAAAUCCCCAUCCUAUGCCAAAUCCUGUGCUUACCCAGACUAGCAUGUUUUCUUAGGGAAGCUCAUCUGAUGCUCACUACUCAUUUUCCAGAUACUCCUGCAUGUUCCUGAGGCCACUUGUUUCACUGCAUUUGGACUUAGCCCAUGAGGAUGUAAUGCUUUUGGUAAUUCCUUCUUGGCUCAGGUCUCCCCUGGGUAUGCUGGGAAUACAGGUUAGUCAGUCCAACCUAAGAAGCCUUCUUGGUGCAAGGCUCUCUUUUAUUAGACUGGGGUCUGGGCAAGCAGGCAGUUGAGAUAAUACAGUCUAUAGUUUAAAGGUGUCUUUGUUUUGUUUUGGAUAUUCUUGGGACCUUUCCCCUGUCCAAUGAAGUGUUUUGAGUCACUGGUUCUAUCUGCUUCAGAUCUGUCCUCUAAGGAUGGCACUAGUAUGUAAAGUCAGGCUGCUGUUUUUUGUGUUUUGUGUAAAUCCUCAAUGUCCAUUUUAAAGAUUAGUUGUUUAUAAUAGUGCUUUCUUUUUUGGGGGUAUCCACCCUUCCCCCAAUGAUCCAUGGGCACCCUCAAGUUCUCCCAUAGCUAAGCAAGGAUUUUCAGUUUUCAAAAGGACCUAAAUGGGGGGAGGAAUAGGACCUGACAACUAUAAACAGGAAUUGAGAAUCGCAAAAAAAAAAAACCAAACCAACUAAUUUAUACAUUACAGAGCAGUGAGCCUCAGCUUUGUCUGAGACUCAUGUGGCAAGAUGCCUGGCCUUCCAUUUUGAUUUGUAAGUGAUCAUUUUGUAUGAGAAACUUAUUUGUGGGAGAUAAGGGAAUUUGGGAUUAAAUUCCAAAAAUAUGAGUGUCUAAUGGGGGACCAUAUAGACUAAUUUUAAUUAUUUAAUACGGACUAUUCCUAACACAGAGAACAGUAGAACAUUGUUCACUCAGGUUCCUGGUGGUCCCUGAGAAGGACCCAUGUGGGUAAUCCCAGCAGAACUGCACUGGGGUUUUUACAUCUUUCUACCUGCAUCCUCUUCGCCUGUCACAUGCUCACUGUCCACUGAUACUAACUGUAAUUUUUGAGAACACUUCUCUUGAAAAACUGAGGUGGGAACAGAAGACUAAAUUGUCAGCCUAAUAACAAAUCUAGGGAGUAUUAACUCUACUAAAAACAAAACACAAUGCAAGAUCAAAGUUCUGCAGCGAAUCUUUUUCUGGAUUAUUUCACUUGCUAAUUCAGCCAGAAGGGCAAGUAUUUUAAAUUUCAGUAAACAUCAGUUACCAGUUCUUGGCAGAGCUAUGUUAUGUAUUCAUAUGUAAUAUAAGCUAAAUUGAAGAAAUUCUAGAAUUUCCUACCAUGUGAAACUGUUUGGUUUUCAUUUAAAUCUGCUAAGGGGCUUUCAGGUAUUGAUACCUUUUCAAAUUCAAGGUGACUCUUCAGUUUCUAGGCCUAUUUGGAAAUCUGAUUUAAGCUGCUAAGAAGUACUUGACGUAUAUAUACUAAGGAUUAUGUAAAGGAAGUGGUAAGAAUAUACCAUUUAGCACCUAAAAAUAACUGUGGAACACUUACUGUGUCCAGACAGUUCUCAGUGCCUCCUACAUUUAUGUUAAACCUCAUAAUAAUUACUGUUAUCCAAAUUUUCUGGCUGUGGAGACUGGAGAGUGUAAUAAGCAAACUUGCUCAAGGUCACAUGGGGAGUGUGUGUGUGACAGAGCCAGGUGCAGGCAGUUGAAGUUCCAGUGUUGAAAGGAAUCAUGCAAUUUGGUUAAAAAAAAAAAAAAAUUUCUGACUGCAGAAUCCAUUCAUGAAAUGCAACCUACCAUGCAGGACUGCUUGGGGUUCAGUGGGGUCCAACCAAAUUCCAGAAUACCCCUGUAGACACAUUAACAGCUCGCAACCCUGACAUAGUGGUUCAGUACCAUCUUUUAUACGUGUGUAAAUGAAAGCCCCAAGGAAUAAACUGACCUGCUCAAGGUCAUAAAACUACUUAAGGCAAAGCUUGGACAGGAAUUCAGGUCUUCUGCCUGCCUGGCCAGCAUCGUUCCUGCUAUAGGACUUGCUUCUGUACAGUCUGCUGUAUGGGUCACGUCUCAGUGCAUCAGAGAGAAGGCUGAGGUAUGUUUGCCUUCCGUACCUUUAAACCCUACCUUCUCAGCUUAGAUGAAACUUUACAGAACAGGUGGAAAAAAAUAAGAUGGUAUGAUUCUUGUCCUCCCAUCUUGGCUUAUAACCUCACGGGCAGUAUGGCCACCUCCUCCUGUCUAUUGUUGUUUUCCCAGAUUCACUGAAGUGGAGUCCGUUCCUUGGAAAUUUAUCUAUGUGAAAUUCUCGCGCCUUGUAGGCACUGAUGCUUCCCUGUGGAGUUCGGUAUACUCUAGUGUGAAACAUAUGCCAUUUAUUCUUAGCUCUCAGAGUUGCUGGCAUUUCGGCUCCAGUGGCAGCUCUAAGAUAUGUGUUGUCUCUGUGAUAUGUGAUCUUUCUUACAACCUUUUUUGUUGCUUUGGAGUCAAGGAUCCUAUUCACUUGUGCGGCCGGUCCAUCAUGUGACAGUGGGCCUGCUAGUGCUGGCCCAGCACAGCUCUUAUUCACUGCAAAAUUUAUGCCACUGCAUUUGCUUUCCUGUGCGGGGUGUUUAAAUGCCACGACUAGUGGUCUUGUCACUUCACCGCGCAGUCAUCCUGUGUACCUCACUGCUGGUGGGCUGUAACUGGUCAUUUUUCAGAUGAAAUGCUUUGUACCAUUAAGCAGGCUUUUUUACAUUUAGGCCUUCUCAUAAAUCAGUGUUUGCUGUUCUGUGAAAGGAGAUUUCUGAGAUCUGCUUUCCAUUCUUCCAGGUACUACUUUUCCUUUGCUGUGCCCCUGAAUGUCUACAGAACUUUAACAGAAAAAAGUUUAAUGUGACAUAAGCUAAAU